AUGCCUCUUCACCUACUGGGCAAGAAGUCAUGGAACGUCUACAACGCCGACAAUGUAGCGCGCGUCAAGGCCGACGAGGCUGCAGCUGCCGCCCGCGAAGCUGCUCAUGAGCAGCGCAUGCAAGAGCUCGAUGCCCAGCGACGCGCUGCCAUUCUACGCGGUGAAACACCUCCACCACUUCCCGAGGAAGCCUCACCCAAGCACUCAGAUGCGCGGGCUUCGAAGAACAGAGACGAGCGUGGAUAUGGCCCAAAGAGGAGGAAGCUUGCUGGUGAGGAUGACACCGACAUGGAUAUCCGCUUGGCCAAGUCCAUCACAGCUCCGCACGACGAUGACAAGCUCGAUGCUAAGGUCUUGAAACUACGAAGCACGGCGAGCGAUGCUCCUCUGCACGACCAUGCCGGCCACAUCGACUUGUUCCCCGUCGACAUGAAGGACGCUCUCAAGCGCGAAAAGAACGCCGAAGUAGAAAAGGAGAAGCGCAAAAAGGAAAGGGCAUUGGAAGACCAAUACACCAUGCGCUUCUCGAAUGCUGCUGGAAGAGGAGGAAUAGAGCAGCCCUGGUACGCGGCUCAGCAGAAACUGUUGCAGGAUGAUGGGAAAGACCCAGACAGCGCACGCGAUGUAGCAGCAUUCGAAGGUUUCGUAAACAAGGAUGUCUGGGGCAACGAAGAUCCGCGGCGCAAGGAGAGGGAGCAAGCACGUAUAUCAUCCAACGACCCUUUUGCUUUCAUGCAACAAGCCCAAGCCCAGCUAAAGAAGGCCAGACGCGACAAAAAGCUAUGGGCCGAGGAGCGCGAUAGAGAGUUGCGCGAGCUGCGAAUGACACAAGAGCAGGAAGAGAGUAGGAGCAGACAUCACAAGCGGAAAAGAAAAGACGACAAUGAUGACAAAACCCGUGAUCGCGACUCUGCUUCUUCACGACACAAGUACCACCACAGAAGUCGGAGCCGUAGCCGGGACCGACACCAUCAUAAAUCUUCACAUCGCAGUGAGAGGCGACGGAGUCGUAGCAGAAGUGAAGACCGAGACCGGGAUCGGGAUCGGGAUCGGCACAAACAUCGCAAUCGCCCACGCGAAGGCCGUGAAAAGUCUAGGACAAAGUAA